AUGGUUGCUGUGAAAUCUCUUCUUGUUUUCCUCGCCCUCGGCACUGAGGCUCUUGCGACCACUACUUCUGGUGUGGCCUGCUUAACUAAGCUCGGGAGUUCUAGCAUUGCCUCCAACAAGAUUCCCAGGGCCACCACGACUGUAUCAGAGAAGAUUACGAUUGUUAAGCGAUAUGUCCGAAAGGUCAAUACAACCACUACUACAGAAGCCGACCCCAGUGUUAAGAUUGCAACUGAGGUAGUAACAGACGAACAAACCGACAUCGUGACUCGAUUUAUCACCAUAACUUCAGUCACAACUUCUAUCACUAUCUCUACUAGCACCAGCACCAGCACCAUUAGUGCACCUGCUGGUUUCACUGCCCUGCUUAACGCUCCCGAUUACCGUGCCAAGAUCAAGGCCAGAGCUGAUUCUGGUCCUGUUGUCAAUGUUCUUGCUGCACCUGCCAAACAGUAUCCUCAGCGGGUUGACUGCACCAAGAAGACCCUCAAGCCUCAGACCAAGACCAAGACUACUUUAUCUACCGAGACGGUUGUCGAGACCAUUUACCCCAAAGACGUUACUGUCACUACCAAAGUGACAGUAUCGCCUACUGUCACUGAAUUUGACGACAUCACUGUCCAGACUGUUGCCACUGAAACAGUUACCGUCCAGACGGUUGUACCCGCGACCUACUACGAAGCGUGCGGUAGUAACAACCAAUUGCGAACUGCCAAUGGAGGCCACGCUGUUCAAAAUCUGGUUACAAAGGGUAUUCCGUACUUGACAUCCAGCGCUGGUCUUAAGAGCUCGUCUUAUGACUGCUGUCUCUCCUGCAUUCAGCAAUCUUCGUGCCUUUUCGCUUACAGAGAUAUGCGCUCUGGUAGCUGUUAUAACUAUCUGUCGUCUUCUGCCUCUACUUCCUGCUCUAACGGCCAAGUCAACUGGUCAGAUUAUUACACCAACUCUGUCUUUGCACAAAGUUAUGAAUUCUCUAAUGGUCCUUGUGGUUAUUUAACGAAUAUUGGAGAUAGAGGCUAA